GUCGUGAAAGCUUUUCUAGCCGUUCUGACGAGCAUCCAGUUCGCACCUUUGGAAUACUUUGAGUUCUGUUUGUCUGGUAUAUCGAAAAUUAAUCAUGACCGACAGGACAACUUCUGCCGCAAAUGGCCACAACGGCAGUGAGCACACCAACAAGAAACGAAAGCUGAAUGACAAGAAACAAAUAAUCCUCAAUGCGUUUGCAAUGAACACCCCAGGCCAUUUGGCUCCGGGACUUUGGCGACAUCCAAGGAACAAAACCGACCAGUACAAGAAAUUGUCAUUCUGUAUCGAAUUGGCGCAAUUACUCGACAAAGCCAAUUUUCAUGCAAUGUUCAUUGCUGAUACUCUUGGGCCCUAUGAUGUAUACAAAGGACCAGCAAACGUUGUACCUGCACUUGCCGCUGGAGCUCAAUUUCCCGUCAAUGACCCUCUAUACUUAGUUCCAGCUAUGGACGCGGCAACCAAGAACUUGAUCUUCGGUGUUACUGCCAGCCUGACUUAUGAGAAACCAUAUUCUCUUGCGAGGCGUCUGUCCACCGUGGACCAUCUAUCCGAGGGUAGAGUUGCCUGGAAUAUCGUGACUUCAUAUCUCGACAGCGCAGCUCGGAACCAUGGCCUGAAAGAGCAAAUACCUCAUGACGAGAGAUAUGCUAUUGCGCACGAGUACAUGGAGGUUCUGUACAAGCUCUGGGAAGGUAGCUUCCGUGAUGACGCUGUCUUGGCAGACAGAGAAACUGGAGUCUACAUCGCCAAUGAUGCUGUUCGACAGAUCCAUCAUAAAGGGAAAUAUUUCGAAGUUCCAGGACCUGCUUUUUGCGAGCCUUCACCACAGCGAACUCCACUGCUUUUCCAGGCUGGUGUUUCCGAAGCAGGGAAUAGCUUUGGCGGCAAGCACGCGGAGGUGAUCUUCGUUGGGGGUCAAGUUCCAGAAGGCGUGCGUCCGAAUGUUGACAACAUCCGUAGAGUCGCGAAAGAAGAAGGUAGAGAUCCUGAUCAUAUCAAAAUUGUUGUAGGAAUCAACGUUAUUGUUGCGGCAACGGACGAUGAGGCCAAAGCAAAGCGAGAAGAAUAUCUAAAGUACGCUGACAGCGAGGGUGCUCUGGCACUUUUUGGUGGAUGGACAGGCGUUGAUCUAUCAGGAUAUGCUGAUGACGAUGACUUCCGUUUCAGUGACUCUCCUCGAGUGAAGUCAAUGGUUCGCCGUUGGUCAAGCACGGUUCCCGGAACGGAUAAUCUCCCAUGGACUAAGAGAAGGAUCGUGGAGUACUUGAGCGUGGGUGGUCUUGGGGCCAAAGCCGUUGGCAGUCCUCAAACAGUGGCUGAUGAGCUGGAGCGCUGGGUGGAAAUUGCUGAUAUUGAUGGGUUCAACCUGGCACAUGUUGUCAAUCCAGGAACUUUUGAAGACAUUAUCGAGUAUUUGCUUCCAGAGCUGGAGCGACGCGGACUUCAUUCAAGGCAAGUCAAGAAGGAGGGUGCAACUGCCCGGGAAGUUCUGUUCGGAACGAGCAGGCUGCCUGAAGACCAUCCCGGGAGUAAGUAUAAGUGGAGAGCUGGUGAGAAAGAGCCAAAAUAUCAGCAGGCGGUUUCUACGGUUGAUGGCGUCAGUGAAACUCUGGCAUGA